UAAUCUGUCGGUUGUUCUAUUGACAUUAACAUGAUGCUUUUGAAGCACCCGAAAACCAACCAAUUAAUAGAAAUUAAUGAGUUUUGGCUUCGUGAUCAUUGUCGAUGUGGGGAGUGCCUAAAUUUGGAAACAAAUCAGAGGCGAUACGAUGUGUUAGAUCUACCAGCUAAUGUGAUGCCGCUGAAUGUCAAGUACGAUGGGUUGAAUCUACAAGUGCAUUGGAGUGAUGCUCACCAGUCGAGCUAUGACCUUGACUUCAUCUUUGACUCCCAGCUGGAGAGCUUGAUAGGUCGGCGAUCAAAGUCCACUAAUCUGACACCCUGGAAUCGCAGCAUUAUCUUGCAAAACGAGCGGCACUUACGAUUCUCAUUGCCCCAGCUGGUUUCCAGUGAUAAUGAAGUCAGGUCGCUGGUUGAAUCUCUUGUCCGGUACGGCAUUGUCUUUAUCGAUGAUGUGGCCCCCACUGCAAAUAUGACAGAGUUGGCUCUGCGACGAGUUUUUCCCCUUAUGAAAACGUUCUUUGGCGAGAUGUGGACUUUCAGCGAUAACCCCGAUCACGCGGAUACCGCUUACACCAAGCUUCAUCUGGGUUCCCAUACGGAUAAUACCUAUUUCAGCGAUGCAGCCGGAUUACAGGCUCUGCAUUGCAUCGAGCACUCGGGAUCAGGUGGCGAAAACUUCUUUGCGGAUGGUCUGCAUGUGGUUAACGAACUGAAACGCCGGUAUCCAGCCGCAUAUGAUGUACUGUGCAGGGUACAAGUUCCUGGAGAGUAUCUGGAAAAAGGGCAGAACCACCGCCACACUGCCCCCAUUAUACAGGUGGAUCCACUGACUCAGGACUUUGUUCAACUCAGGCUGAAUGUAUACGAUCGCGCUGUGUUUAAUACCAUCCCCCAAUCCGAGAUGGCCGAGUUCUACGAGAGCCUUCGCCAGCUUUUGCUGAUUGUUAGGGAUAAGGAACAGCAGUGGGCUCUGAAGCUAUUCCCCGGCAGCAUUGUGCUCUUCGACAACUGGAGAGUGCUCCAUGGUCGUGAGGCUUAUACAGGAAGUCGCACCAUGUCCGGUUCUUAUGUUCAGCGCACAGAUUUUCUCAGCAAGGCUCGAGUGUUGGGAAUUAUUGACUGAAAGUUUCGUUUAAUAAAAAGUCAUUACCAGAAGAAUGACAACCGCGAAUAUUCGGUAAUUUUUGUUAAAACAAGGAAGCUAGUUAGUAGGCUAGCAAAUAAUUGAUAUACAAUUUAUUACAUUUAUGAUCAGAAACAAAUGAACUACGAUUUAUUUUCUAUAAUUUCUAAUUAAUGUUCCGGACUAUUCCUGUGGCAGCUAUAUGAUUUGUGGUCCAUUCUGAAUUACAUACUUUCCACAAUGGAAAAGCUAUAUUUGAGAGACUAGUUUAUGUAAAAACGGAUAUACGAACUUGGAUAUAUUGAUUCGGCUAUUGAAACUGAUCAAGAAUAUAUAUAUAUUAUAUGUUCGUUAAUGACUCCUUCACAGCGAUGCAUAAGCAAAAACGGAACAUUUCUUUGGAAUAUUAUACAUUAUCCAGGAAAUUGGGAGUCUAGCUCUGUGAGAAGAAAAAAUUCGUCCAAAUUGUUCAAGCACAUUUUUUUCUGAACCGAGUCCCACUCCAAUUCAAUUUCGAUUGCAAAUGCUAACGCAUCGUAAUAAAAAGUUACGAUUACAUUGCUGGCCAGCGUCUAAUUUUUGUCAUAGGGGAGGUGGAUCGCUAACGGAAAAGCGGCAACAAAAAUCAUUUGGCAUUUGUUUUUAUGGCCAGCGUCUCAUGUGGGUUUUCUGUAUUUGUGUGCGAGUGUGUGUUUGGCAUAAACAAACGCACUUUGAACUUUUUCAUUUAAAAGUGAAAUUACUUUUUGUUGGCUGUGCAGGUUAAUGGCUGUCGCGCUACAGUCCUUUAAAUGUCCUCCAAAUAUGGAUGUGCCUUAAAGAGAUCCGGCAAACGGCGAACGUACAGUGUCUGAAUAUUUAUGAUAAUUGCAUUUCAUGCAGGUUUUCCCGCCCGCUUUUGCCGUAUUUCACCCAGCUCUCAUAUGCGCGGGCACGACCGGGAAAAGCCUUUAAAAGCAGCUUCGAUGCCCCAGCUGGGCGAUAAAUAUAUUUUUGCUCGCUUUUCCUUCGUCGGAAGUUGCAGCGCAGCAGUCGUGCCUUUGCAUCGCAUACUUUUCGGCAUUCCACUUCCGUUUUAAAACGCUGCACUCACUUUGAGCCACCGGGGCACUUGUCGAUGGUUCAAUAAAACCAACAAGCACCACGGACAUGAGCAUGGACAUGAGCACAAAGGACACACACAUGAAACACACAUAUGACACACACGGAACAGGAAACAGGACAUUCCGGCCGAAAUAGUUCAAACACAAAGUGCCUGCUUGACUUUCUCGUAAUUAAUAUGUUCGAUCAUAAUUUAUACGCCCUUGAAUGGCAGCUAAACUUAAUAAAUGACUCAUAAAUUUCACCUACAGACGCCAUAAAAAGCCAAAGUAUAAUAAAAACAAUGGCCGGGCCAGGGCAGCAAAAACAAAUAUCAAACUAAAAUCAAAUAAAACACGGCAGCGAAAAAUGGCGAGCACACACAGUCAGGUGGCAGCAACAAACAAACAAAGAAAUCAUUGAACCAAUUCAGCGACCAACUCAACAACCGGAAACGCGUUUCGAAUAAAAACGAAUUGAGGACUUAACAAUAACAGUAAAAGGCAAGGGCAAUGGCGGCGUCACUUUAAACGAAAAAAAGAGGAAAAAACACAACAGCAAAUGGCGUCGCUCGAUGGCGACGAAGCAUAAAAACCACUCGCCUUGGCUUUAUUUUUUAUGGCCACCCAGCAUGCGAUGACGAAACCAAAGCCAGGUGCCACUAACCAAGAAUAACCGAUGGCCAGGACCUGCGGCCCUAGCGAGUGGCAUCUAGUUAGCCGGCCACCCAUUAAACGCAGUUACCACACGGAGAGAAAGAAAGCAAAUAUAAAGUAUAUAAUCUUAAUACAACUGUAUAUGCUUGAGAGCAUGCUGAGU